AUGGAUGGCGUCGAAGUGCGCGUCACGUCCUGGCACGAUCCCGAAGGCCAGGCGCUUCGCGCACGACAACUGGAAGAAACGCUUGCCAGCUGGCCCGACGAGCCGAUCCCUGCUUCCUCGAUGGAAGAAUUUCCCAUUGUCGUGAUCCUUUCCAAAAGCGGGAGCUCAAUCGCCUGCGGUGGGCUUCAGCCUCUUGGCGGUGGUGCUGCGGAAAUCAAACGUGUCUACGUCGUGCCGCAGUAUCGUGGCAGAGAGCAAGGUGUUGCGGAUCUCCUGUUGCUUCAGCUAGAAUGUAAAGCCUUGGAGCAUGGACUGACGACGCUGAAGCUGGAGACGGGUGUGAUGAUGAAGAGAGCACGGGCAUGGUAUGAGAGGAACGGGUUCACCGAGAUUCCAUUGUUCGGGCCCUAUGUCGGGGCGACAUCUUCUGUGUGCUACGAGAAACGACUUGCUUUCGCUUCUGACCAUACUGCGGAAAGGAAUGAUCGAUGA